AUGGCAGACAUCGAAUCCUUUCAUGGUAGAAUUGAAAACGAAUCAGACUGCCUUGUUCUAAUCGAUCUUGCAAGGAGAGGCCUCAUUCCUAGGAUCCAGAGAAGACUCACGUCGAGAGAGAGAAAGAAGAUAGGACACGGAAGCAUAUUUGUAUAUUGCGAGGAGGAGAGCAGAAUCAAGAGAUGGACCGAUGACAUGUCCUGGACUCCAUCAAGAGUUCAGGGCGUUUUCCUAGUGUACAAGCAGCUUUUAAGCAGCAGCCCAAUGAUGAAGAGAACAUACUCUGCAACAUGUGGAGACAGAAGCUUUCACAUAGUGGGAUAUCUUCAAAUCCAUUCCCAUCACACCCUGCUUCCAUCUGUGUCUAUUCUUUACAAAGGAAUUGAUUUCCCAACAGACAUCAAGAUAAAGAAAAAGCUUAGCUUUCUGGAAGAGAGAUGCCUCAAGAAUUCACCAAAGACAAUGGAGUCUCAAGAGACCCAUGAGGACUUUCCAUUCGACAUCUACUGGUACUAG